UAAGAAAUCAAUGGUGCAUUGUGGGAUGCAAAAUGGCUCAAUCGCGUUGUCAGCAGAGUAGCCAGCCAGUUAUCUCUUAUAGCCAUACAGUUACAUUUACAAAUAAGUACAGUCGAUAAAGUAUUGCUAAUCAUUGUUUAGAGAAUAUCACUUUGAUAAACAGCAACUUUUUAUUGCAUUCGCGUCUUUUGGUCGAGACAACAGCCACCAUGUCCAGCAAAGUAGACAACGUGAAAAGUGAGUCCAGUAUAAUAAGUUUUGAAAGAAAAAGUACCACUACUGAGUCUGCCACAAGAGGAAAUGACAGAAGAAGUACUGAGUCUGCCACAAGAAGAAAUGACAGAAGAAGUACUGAGUCUGCCACAAGAAGAAAUGACAGAAGAAGUACUGAGUCUGCCAAAAGAGGAAACGACAGAAGAAGUACUGAGUCUGCCACAAGAGGAAACGACAGAAGUACUGAGUCUGCCACAAGAGGAAAUGACAGAAGGAGUACUGAGUCUGCCACAAGAGGAAAUGACAGAAGAAGUACUGAGUCUGCCACAAGAGGAAAUGACAGAAGAAGUACUGAGUCUGCCACAAGAGGAAAUGACAGAAGAAGUACUGAGUCUGCCACAAGAGGAAAUGACAGAAGAAGUACUGAGUCUGCCACAAGAGGAAAUGACAGAAGAAGUACUGAGUCUGCCACAAGAGGAAAUGACAGAAGAAGUACUGAGUCUGCCACAAGAGGAAAUGACAGAAGGAGUACUGAGUCUGCACAAGAGAAAUGA